AUGAAAUUAAAAUGUAUUUAGAUGCCUGUUAUGUUUCUUCACCCGAAGCUGUAUGGCGCAUAUUCCAAUUUAAAUUACAUGAUGAAAACCCGACCAUUCAACGAUUGCAACUACAUCUUCCUGAUCAACAUUUUGUAACUUUUAAAGAUGAUGAAGCACUUA